CAUAUAACAACCGUCAAAAUGGCCCGAACCAAGCAAACCGCCCGUAAAUCCACCGGAGGCAAAGCGCCGCGUAAGCAGCUUGCCACCAAGGCUGCCCGCAAGUCCGCUCCGGCUACCGGAGGAGUCAAGAAGCCCCACCGUUAUCGCCCUGGAACCGUCGCUCUGCGUGAAAUCCGUCGUUACCAGAAGUCCACGGACCUUCUCAUCCGCAAGUUGCCCUUCCAGCGCCUGGUUCGUGAGAUUGCCCAGGACUUCAAGUCUGAUCUUCGCUUUCAGGGAUCGGCGGUCCUCGCUCUGCAGGAAGCCGCUGAGGCCUACCUCGUGGGACUGUUCGAAGACACGAACUUGUGUGCAAUUCACGCCAAGCGUGUGACGAUCAUGCCGAAAGACAUUCAGCUUGCCCGUCGUAUUCGUGGCGAGCGCUCAUAAACGAUGUAGUUUCUCUGAGAGACUACUCGAUGCACCGCGAGGCUCUAUGACCCCUGCAUUCAAACCAAAAACCGGAUUUUCUAAAAUCCACCCACACAACCGAAGAAUCAUUCAAAUAUCUCGGAAUGCAGACUUGUAUCAGCUUUAUGUGGUCAAAUUAUUUUUAUGGUUAUACUUUGACCUCAGGACGUACCCACCAUAGAUUCAAAUAGCCAUGUUUUCUACCCUUC